AUGUUGAGAGGUGAAGGAAGCAAGGCAGCGUUCACAAAAAGGGAGAUAACAAGAGGAGCAAGGAGAAUGCUUAAGACACUAACCAAGGAAGAUGAGGAAGAGAUUGAGAGGGGAGAGAGUGAUGACUCUUCACAAGAGGAAGGAGGAGAGGUGAAUCAAUUGGUUGAGGAGAGUGAGCAUGAGAGCAACGAGAAUGUGCCCAUGGAAGAGGAGGAGUCAGAGGAAGAAGAGGAUGAGCUCCCCAUGUACCAAGAGCAUUAUGAUGCUCUCUUCUCCAUGGACUUUGUGGAGACCAAGUACCCACAUGAUGACACAAUGAGGGCUCUUGGGAUCUUUGAGGAUGUGGAGCUAGUCCUCAAGAACAUGCUUGGCCAAGUUCUUCUCUUACCGCUUGGAGUCAUACAAGGAGCUCACUUGUGA